AUGGAGGCCGCUCCCUGUCCGGAGGGUCGGGUGGGUCUGGAGUUGACGUGGCUACUACGUACCGUCCCGUUCGCCCACUCCGGACGCAGCAUAUACGGUGACGAAGAAUACGUAACUGGUGACCUUAGUGGGCAUGGACGGAAUGGUGGAGGAGAACGGCACGUCCGGGGGUGCAGGCGUUACGGAUCCAUUGACAAACGCUGGCUCUUCGACUGGCGCCCCAGCCCCUCAUGUUGUUACCAGCAUCGUGCAGCUUACCCUACCUGCACAAGCUCCAUCAGCUCAGGAAAUGUUAUUCUUGUUAGUAAACCAAGCUCUGUUAUCCAUACAACUCAAGGGACCUUGCAAACAUUACAGAUUAAACCAGAACCAAAUUCUAUAGUCAAUACACAGGGACAAUCUUGCAGUGAUGAAAGUUGCAGCGAUGAUGAAAGUCCCAAACGCAAAUAUCGUGAAAUGUUAACUAGACGUCCAUCAUAUAGAAAAAUACUUAAUGAUCUUGGAGGUGCUGAAAUUGCUGAAAAUCGCAUGGGCUCUAAACCAGGAUGCGAGAAUGAAGUGUCGCUGUCAUCUCCCUUAUCAUUUGCACCAGUGAUUCCAGCUGGAGCCAUACAAACAGAGAGUGGACUACACACAUUAGCCGUCUCUGGUGCUGCUGGUGGUGGUGCUAUAGUCCAAUAUGCAACAAAUCAAGAUGGUCAGUUCUAUGUCCCGGGUCCAAUUUUAGAAGAUCAGACGAGAAAGCGAGAAUUGCGGUUACUUAAAAAUCGUGAAGCGGCCAGAGAGUGUCGACGCAAAAAAAAGGAGUAUAUUAAAUGUCUAGAAAAUAGAGUAGCAGUUUUGGAAAAUCAAAAUAAAGCAUUAAUAGAAGAGUUAAAAUCCCUUAAAGAGCUCUACUGCCAGCAGAAAACAGAA